CUACUACCUCCAAAGUACAAACCCCCUCUCACUUACUCAGACACGCCACUGCCACAAAAUUGUGAAUUACUGUGAUCUUGGUCCAACGGAGCUUCAGAACUCAUCACAAAUUCUAGCUCCUUGCACCUAUCGUCUAACAGCUAGCUAGCCACCAUCAUGGGGAAUUGCCUUGUGAUUAAAGUCAGGAAGGAGAUCAAGAUCAUGAGCGUGGACGGCAGCGAAGUCCUCAAGAUGCCAUCCUCCACCAGCAGCUUGAAGGUCCAGGAAUCCCUGCCGGACGUGCUUCCGGUGAAGGCGCCGGCGGCUGUCGUCGACCCAGGCGCCGCCGUCAGGGUGAAGCUAGUGAUCAGCAAGCAGGAGCUCAAGAAGAUGCUCGACAAGGAGGGCAUGUCGCUGGACGACAUGGUGUCUCUCAUGCGAAAAGAACAAGCAAAGGAUGAUCGUGAACAAGAGUGCUGCGGAGGGUGGCGGCCUGCGCUGGAGAGCAUACCAGAGGGCAGAGAUCUAUAGUAGUAGCCGGGAUCGUUCAGAUAUCAAAGUUGCAAGGUCAUCAAUCUCCUGCUUACAAAGUGCAGGGUACUUUUUUGGAAUAAGCAUAAGCAAAACAUAUGCUAGAUAAUAUAUAUACAUGUAAAUGUAUAGGGAUAGCAUAGGUGUAGUAUAGAGGUAUGGUAGGAGUUUUGAGAUAGGGAUUCUCUUCAUCUUUUCUUGCUGCUCACAUGCAUGCAUGCUAGCUUGUAAAGAAGAGGUAAAGAUGAUCCUGGAAAUCAAGCAGGUCGUUAUAUAUAUGGUGCCAUACUCUUUGUCCUUCAUAGUUCA